UUGGUCCAGGAUAAUUCUUGUUUAUGAGAUAUUUGUGAAACAUUAAAGCCCGUCACAAUGAUCAAUACCAGUGAUUUUGUUCCUUCUAUACGAUUUAGCACGCGAAUCCGAUAUCUCAGCGCAUGACACGUUUUCCGAUAAAUAAGCCAAUGAUUUUGAUGAUAUAAAGUUUUAGAAAGGUAGAAAAGUGUCAUACUUGAUAGUUGGCAGACACCGAGAACAACAAUGAAAUUAAAAAUAUAUAUAUUUAGGUUAAUACAGUGUAAUUGGUGAUUUUCAAAACAAAAACAACCAAUAGUACAGAUUCAGUUCUCGGCAAUUUACAAACGGUACAGGAAAAGUUUGAGACGAUUGGACAAGUGGCUGUUUAAGUAGACAUUUCAGUUCUUAGACGUGGAUGAACUGUUAAUUUUUGGUUUAGUCCCGCAAGUGCAUACUAUUGUUAUGUGAACUCACAGACGAUAAUGCAUUGGAAUUUUAUGAUACAUAACUAUUAAAAGCCCACAAAACAGGAUACAGUAUUGUUAUCAUGGCAGCUAACAUUUCCGAUGUGGAGAUUAUUUCCAAAAAUGUCUCUGAACCAUGUUUUCACGAACUUCUUAACAGUACCACUGGCUGUAACGAAACGUUGAGUGAUGAUUAUUACUAUGAUUAUGACUAUUCAAUUUCUAAUAUACCGUUAGAAGAGUUGUUACCUGUAACGGUAACUUACAGUAUAACGUUAUUAAUAGGCAUUGUUGGUAACUUUUUGGUUAUAUUUGCUGUUUGUAGAUAUAAGAGAUUAAGGAGUAUAACCAAUUCAUUUUUGACGAGUUUAGCCAUAGCUGAUCUACUGUUGUUACUAGUUUGUGUUCCAAUUAAGUGUGCUGCAUUUGUGUCGUUUACAUGGUCAUUUGGAGAAGUUUUAUGUAAGUUUGUUUAUUAUAUGCAAACUGUAUCGAUGAUAUGUUCAGUGAUGACAUUAACAGUAAUGAGCAUAGAAAGAUGGGUUGCUAUUCUUUAUCCACUAAAAGCCAAAUAUUUGUGUACAUAUUCUCAUGCUCGUUUGGUUCUAUUCAUUGUGUGGGCAUUUUCUUUUAUUACGGCGAUCCCUGUUCUAAUUGGACAAAAACAUGUGUUGGUUGGUGUAAAGAUAAAGGCAUAUUGGUGUGUUAAGAACUGGCCUUCAUCUAAAAUUGAGAUAGUAUUUGAAGUAUAUAUGUUAGUGUUGAUGUUUGUAAUACCUAUGACAGUGAUGAUUGUAGCUUAUGCUGGCAUAUGUAAAGAAUUAUUAGCAUUAUCAUCAACAAGAGCUAAUCUUAGAGUAUCUAGCGGAAAACUCGUUCAGCAGCAAACUAGCAGCGGUAACAAUGGAAAUCAGAGAACAGUAGUUCCUGUUUAUAAUCAGCCAGGUAUCAUCUAUACAAAGACAAAGCCAAAGAGAACCAAAACCGAUGACGUCGAUGAUAAAACAAUUAAGGUGAUUCAGAUGUUGAUUGUGGUUGUUGUUUUGUUUUCUGUUUGUUGGGGACCAAUACUUAUCAACAACGUUCUUGUAGCAGUUGGCGUCAUUGAAAGGUUUCACUACGAUUAUCUGAAGCCCAUGAGACAGGCGUUUUUUCUGAUGUCUUAUUUCAACAGCUGUUCCAAUCCAAUAGUGUAUGGUUUUAUGUCCAAGCACUUUCGGCAGAGUUUUAAGCGCGCCAUCCUGUCUUGGUUUUGUUGUUCCAAGAGGAAACAAUUCCAGAAAAUCAGAUACAGCUUAAACGCCACACGCUCAACGACUCUUUGCAGUGGACGAAGUAGUAGCCAUAGCAGCAAAAGUAGAAACAAAUUUUCUGAAGAUUACAGAACUGAAAUGCCAUCGCCAAUAAUGGGAAUAAAAUCAAAAUCAAAUAAAACUUUGUCCCCUCCGAUAUGAUAAACGUUGCUGGUGUCUGGUUAUAAAUUUAUCUUUUGAACAUGAUACUAGCCAGAUGGAAAGCUGUCGCAUUUUGUCUUUACAUCCGACAUGUAAAGUCUGGUACGGAACUCCCGGGGAUGUAUUAUUUUAUCUCCCAGUCAACUAUAAAACAUUGUGCAAUCAUCGAUAACAUGUUGUGAAUUGUGAUUUAUCAUAUUCUGUGGCGCUCCACAAAUAAAAAACAACGAUGGCUAUAAUGAAUACUAAUGGGUUUUUGUCUUUAUGGCAAAACGUCAAUGGGUUAUUGUAUAACCAGCCUUAUAUUAUUGGU